GUGGGAGGAGAGACAGGGAGGAAGUGAGGAGAAGGAGGGGGGGGCAGCAGGAGCAGCGGCAGCGGCUCGCAGGCAGGCAGGCAGUCACGGAGGGAGGUCGGAACAGUUUGAGGAUCUGCGCGUUGUUUCCCGUGUGGCUGGGGGGAUUUCAUGUGGAAGACGAAGAAAGCGACCGAGAAACGCUGAACGCUCAUCCUUCUCUGGAACGGAAUUUAUCUCGUGUCCCCCCUUCAAAAUGUGCACCCCGUGUUGUUUAUCGCAGGUAAGGAACAACACACUGACAUACUGCGAGGUUUUAUUGUUGUUUUGAGCUAUUGUAGACGGCGGUACGAGGAUGAGCUAACGUUCCGUCGGCUCUUCUUUCUGUCUUGUUUACAGUUUGUAUGAACGCAUCUAAUGUAAGCCACUCGCCUCCCGCUAACACGACUAAGCAGGGUCUAAAGUGUCGUGGUGAAACCUCAAACUGCUGUCAGCUACUGUAGGUCAUUAUAAAAAACGAGAGCAUCAUGAUAUGUCAAAUGAAAGGAUUGAAUAACUUCACUGUAGUAACGUUACAGCCGAUGUGGGACAAAGAAACUAGCCAAACCGUCACAACAGCCACUCAGUACUGUACCUGCUGCCAUCAUAUGUAAAUGUAUUCACAGAUGUGCUGGAUGGAAACGGUUAUAAAUAGUCGAUUUAUGGAGUCCAGGCGUGUCUUGUCCACAUUAUUUAGGUGGCGAUAAGUGUAUUUUUCCUUUGACUUGCCUUGUUGUGGUUACAAUAACGCACAGUUGCACUUCUUAAGAACAGCAACCAAAAGCUUCAGAGCAAUCUGAGUAACAGCAAGUAGGCUAGCAUACUUUUUUCCUGUCAGGCACAUCCACUUAGCUGAAAAUGGUUUAAUUUUAUUACUAAGGAUAUGCAGGUUGUGAAGUUGCAGACUGUCUCAGGAAAACAGCAUUUUCUUACUUGUAGAUUACCCAUAACAAACUGUAUGGUGGAUUUAGCUUUAUAUUGAUAAUGACGUUAAUGCCUGAUCAAUAUAAAAGCUGGCUUGUGAACUCCAAAAUAAAUAAACAAAGGAGGCCAAAGUCUGGAUAUAGAGACGAUUGAACACCCCUAGAGAAAACAAAUAGAAAGUUUGGUGUAAUUUAACUGGACAAAACAAUGAAUUAAUAUGACUGUUCAAACCACUUUCUGUCACCUUUUCAUAGAUUAAAUCAAGUGGCUAAAAAGGCCAUCACCAGAAAUUGGCUAAAAACAUGCACCAAAAAUAGAGGAUUGGGUAGAGGUAAUGAUCGAUAUAUACAGAAUGGAGAAGCUGACUUUCUCAUCUAGACUAAAAACAGAUACUUUCAAAAAUUACGUGGGUUGAUUUUGUGUCUCAAUUGAGAGCAGACUUUGUGUAUUGUAAACUGUUGAUACCCUUGGUUCAGGCUACAAACUUGUUCAUAUGUUUAUUAUGUUUACCCUCCAACAGGAGAAAAGAAACAGUGCAAGAGAGGUAUGAAAAUAAGGACAUGAGUGAAAAGUGUUUCGUUUUACAACACAGUUAUUCUACUGUACAUUAACUCAAGAAGUUUAUCUCUUACUAUGUCUCUGCUCUGCCGUGCACAAAUAUUAUAUACAGUUGGAAAUGUGUUCAAGAUAUGUAAAAUGUUGAUGGAAUAUUGAUAUGUGAAAUCAAUAAAAAAGAAAAUAAAAAAAAAAGGUUAAUUCAAAAAGUAUUUAGGAAAUUACCACUAGGUAAAUAAUGGGUGGUUAAAGUUUGGCAUUUUACGUAUUUGAGGUCUGUAAGUAAUGUGGAGUCACUAAAAUACCAAUACAGCUUAUGGUCUAAGUGGUUAAAAAGCGUUUUCUUCUGUGCCUGAGUGCCUCUUUUCCAUCCAUCAGGAUGUGUCUGACCACAGAGCUGGUCUGAUCAGUAAUUGAAUUAUACACAUCCAUCAUCUCAAUGGAGUUCACUUUUUAUUUCCUGCUCUUUUCAAAGACAUGAAAACAGGGUAGGACUAAAAGGAAAUGAAGAGUAAACAAUGAGAUCAGUUUUGUGACGCUGUGGCGGUAAACUAAUCCCGGUCACAGACACCCUAUUUAGUUAAGUCACCGUCUCCUAUUUAUGUACGUACUUGUAAUUAAGUCUUUUUGGGUGUGUGUAUGUACCCCUCUUGAGGGUAUAAAGGAGCCCGAAUGGAUGUGUGGUCUGUUAAUUUCCUCUUUGGCUCUGAGGUGGAAAUAAAGGGAGGGUGGGUUUUGUUUGGGUUAAAUUUGGAAUAGAGGAGUAGGCACAGUGAGGAAGGAACUCAUAAUUUCUCAGUGGGAUCAGAGAUGUAUGCCAUGUUGUGUUGUGAUAGCGGGUUAGCUCUGGUUCAGUGUUUCAGCCAAAGCACAGCAAGCAAUUGGCUGUGAGCGUAGGAUGGGACUGAGAGCAUUUUUGUGAGGUAAAUGGCACAGACAUGGCAGGGAAGAUGAGGCAUGAGAUGCAAAUAUAUAGUUUUAUGCAAAUAUCCUAGCUAAAUCAGCAGGUAAUCAAACUUGUUUGGUAAAUAGUAGAGAUUGGUUAACAGUGUGUUUUUAUCUUUUUUGUCGUUUCACAGUGUGUUUGCAAUAUGAAGUCUAUGUUGGCUGCAUUUGUGCUAAAGUAAUUUGCAAUUCUUUACAGAUAUCCAGUUGAAGUGUCAAGAAUAUGAAAUUAAAAUCCACAAAUCACCACCCUUACACCUUUUUUUGUAAAUAGAUUAAUAAAAAUAAAUCUGCCUGUCCUGUCAGAAACUUGUGAAAAUGGUUUCCAUCAAUCCCCCAGGGUCAAAAUGAUGUCUCAAAUAAGCAAAAAAGGUAAAAAUGCAAGACAUCCAACUGCAAAUUGAUUAAAAGUAAAAAAAUGACACUGACAAAACUUCAACCAGCUACUGUUCAUCACUGUUGCAUAAAAAACUACUAAAAUUAUGUGUUUGUUGGACUUGGUAAGUAAUCAAAAAUGACAGUAUUCAACAUUGAAACAUUAAGCCAACUGUGCAACUCAAACAGCGUGUACUAAAAUUUUACAAACAGGUGUGGAUAAGCUGACAAAUCACUUGACUUGCAAUCUAUAGCCAAAGUGAAUUUAGCCACAAAACAUCUGUCAGACCCCCUUCAACAUAAAUUUCUCAGUUUAACAUACGAUCUGUAUUACUCGCCAACUGUGUUCAUGUGUGACAUGCCUGCUAUUUUCAGCCUCCCCAAAGGAAUUUUGCUGUGGUCAGCAGCCCUGCAGGGGUUUGUUUUCUCACACAGAUAUCACCGGCGAUCUUUCUUUCCUUUUGUCUCCUUCUUGACUGUCAUGUGGCAGCUUUAAAGUCUUCCUAGCCUUUUCUCGCCCCCUGUUUUCCCAGGUCUUGUCUGUGUUAUUUAUUAAUUUCCUCUCAUGAAAGGGAAGAGAGGGAUGAUGAAACCAUGUGAAAUGCCAGCUCUGUCCUUGCGUGGGGCCAUUAGUAUCAGUUGACUUACAGUCAGGCUUAGUGUCAAGGGAUUGUUUCAGAUUCCGGACAAUACCUUGCAGCCCACACUAAUAAACAAUAGGCUACGUUUUGAGAUGAGAAACAAGCCCCUAACCACAGCAUGAUGUAAAAAGCCUGUUGAUCUGAAACCCUUUUGUUUUCUUUCUUCCGGUUCUUGUUCGCUCUGUAUCCUGCAGCUACUGCUUUGUCUGCAUGAGAUUUUUGAGUUUCUGCUCUCUUUUUCUUUUUAAAUCUCCACUUUAUCUCUGCUAUGUCCGCCUUUCUUUCCUGCUCAUUGGAACUAACUUUGUCUCUGUCAUUUGUAGCUAGGGGGCCAUGUUUGCCAAGUGAGAGGCAAAGACUUUCCUUUGUGUAUAAGAAACAGAGCAGUGAUACAUUUUUGCUGUGUGUAUACAGCUGCCUAGCUAUAUAGACAAUAGAUGGGCUGUCAGUCACAAUAUAAAGGGAAAUAGAGCAGAUCUAGAUCUGCAUCUUUGACCAACCGCAGUCUUGCGUGUAAAAGAUCUUAAUGUAUAGAUUUAAGGUGCUCUGUUUCCCCUGUUUCUCUUAUUUUUGUCCACUAAGCUCUAAGCUGUGUUGUAAUUUGAGAUGCCAGGGAGUGUCUUUAGUUUCGUCUGAGCUAUUUGUAAUGGUUCAUUGUGGUAAAAUAUCCAGAGGCCGCUGUCAUUAACCUCCAGCUAAUAGGGAGUUCCCAGUUUUAAAGCUGUAUGUGGUGAAAGAAAAUAGGACAGGGAAUAAAGGAGAAAGUCUUAAAUCUAAUGUAUGAAUGAACAGCCUCACUGAUGGCAUAAAUCGACCUGAGGGAUAGACUCCCACAGUGACAGCCACCUGAGCUGUUCUGCUACAUUCUUCCUGUCUGGCUGUUUUGACAGUGCUCAUCCCAUUUGUGAGUCAUGUUUGUGCUGCUGUAAUUUCCCUCUGAAAAUACAGCUGGUGUUUUUUUUAAUCUCUUCUGAAAAUAUGAAAGUCAACAUGUCAGAUCAGUUGAUUAAAGUUUUUCACUCCUCUUUAGGGGAAGUCUGUGUCAUCUUGAGUAGUGUUGUUUUCACUGUCUGCUGCCAAAUGUCCGUCAUCAGCAGUGCCUUUUUUAGGUUUGUUUUCAUUUCUUCCAGGUCUCACUUCCUUAUCAGUGGAAGCAUUGAUGACACAUUUAAUGGCUGCUGUAACAGAAAACUCCAAAACUAGCUCUGUACUUGUCUCACUAGCUCCUCAUUCCCCUUCUUUGUGCUCACUAGGAUAUAGUGAAUGACCUAUUUUUGGUUUUGGUGUAUCAGAUAUUGCAUAAGCAGUUGCGUCUGCGUGGCUGUGCACACCAGAGUUGACCCCUGUGUGUUGAAUUUAGGCAACCCCCACUGUUUCCUGUUUGGUCAGUAUUGGUACUCUUUUGCUGCUCAGUCAAAGACGAUAGGGUAGCAAAGAAUGGAGGAGGAAAACAUGGUAGUUAUCAUCAAUGCUCUGCUCGAACCCCAGAUGUGGUCAAAGAUUCCCUGCGAGGACUGUUAAAGACUUGUUGGUUAAGCAUUCAGCUGCGGGUCAGUCUUUUCUUAACAAUUGAAGGUCACCCAGUCUUACUCUGGCUCUGUGGUUGCCUGUACUGGCCUUUGGGUUCAUUUCCUGAGGGUAUUCUCACCACUGUGUCUGAUCCACCCUCUACUUUAAGCUGAUUCCCGUGAAUGUGUGUGUCCUCGUCUUUCUAGCCUUGAACAGCUGGAAGCUGGCCAAGCGUUGGGUGGUGAAGAGUUUUAGGGUAAAGGGCAGCUGGAGAUAAUGAAGAAAGGGUGGAGAGGAGAAAAAUGAAUGGAAAAAAGACAAGAGAGGUUGACAAUAAGCCCCCCAAAUAACAGGGUGGGGGAGGACUCAGGAAAGAGAGUGAAAGAGAACUUUUGGCCUUUGUUUCCUGAGAGUCCUAUAAUCACUGCAUAUAGAGAUAGAGAGGCUUCAAACCAUCAGUAGAGGUUUGUAAUAGUCAUGGUUUAAGUCUGUGGGUGAACACAGCAGGCGUUUGUAGUCGUAUAAGAUGAUCAUCUUUGGGAAUAGCUGGUGGGGGGUUGCUUUUGAUAUCUGAAGCAGGGGUGUGCACUGCAGACACGCCGACCACCUGUCGACAUGCUGGUGUGGCAGGCCUUUUGGUCUACAAGGGGGUGGAUGGCCCUCAAAGUGCGUAGGGUCAGCAGUGGUUACCAUGGAUAUACUCUUUGUGGAUCUAUGGUUGGUGGAAUUCCCAAAGACAUCCCCUUCUAAUGCCCCCCUCUCGGCUCUGUCUCAGCGUGCUGUGGGCCCCCUCACCGUGUUUGGAGUUCACUGGUGAAACUCCCCCUUAACUAAUGAAAAUUAAACACCUUCAUGACUCUAAUCAUCCUGUUUUUUCUUGCUUACUUUCAGCCUGUUGUGGCUAAUUAAUCGGCAAUUGAGAAAGACGCGUGGGUGCAGCGGAGACAAAGGAAAGAGCUUAUCCUGUUAAGCUCAGCCCUGUCAAAUGGAGACCAGAGACCCUGAUGUAAGGGUUGCUUUAGAUUCAGGGUUUCAAGUCUUUAUAUGGAUGAAAGCAGAUAAAAGUAAAUAAUGUAUGGAUGAACAAGCACUUAUACAAUCAUCCAUGAGAGGAUAAAAGCUCAGCACUGGUGAAACCCGAGAGGGAAUAAACUGGUCUCCCUCUUCGUUUGAUCUGGCAUCAAAGAAGUCUUUGUUUGUUGCACACAACCACUUACCAGAGAGCACAAGGGGGUAAACUUAUGAAACUACUUAUUUUUCUGCUGUGAGCAUUUGAGUAUGGACAAAAUAAUCACAUCAUAACCAUAAGUAUAUCAAUCUAUUCAGUUUAAUUCAGAGUAAGCAGAUGAUGUAGUUUACGCUUCCUACUUGAGCCUAAAUUCCUGUUUUAAGAUGGAUUAGUCCUGAUUUUUUUCAUCUUUUUGAGUUCUCCUUAACAUAAAAAAAUAACCCCUACCAGGUUCCUAUAAAAAAAAAAACACUGAGAUGUAAACAAAUAAACACUUCUUUUAACACUUCGUUUGUUUCAAUAUUCAGUUUACAAAGACUGGAAUCCUAUGCAAGUAUGGAAAAGUAUGGAAAUAAAUUUGAUCAAUUUGCGGGUCUUAAAAAGUAUGGAAAAUGAAAAAAAAAAAGUAUGGAGAAAUAUAUAUGUUUGCAGACUAUUACCACAGUUCUUAAAUACUGUUUACUAAAAUAGAAAAGUGGGUAUAUCCAAAAAUAAUUCUGAAAAGUAGGGUAUGGAAAUUCCAGUAGUGUAAGGAAGCUGGCCAAGCGUUGGGUAGUGAACACAUUUCUAAUACAAAAUGUCUGUAAUUAGAGCAAAACCAAAAAUUGUCUCUGAAAUCAAUUUUUAAAUGGUUUAUGUUCUCCCUUCAUGGUUUGGAUGAACCUCAUUGGUCCACAAACAUAACACAAAAGUUGCUUAAAGGCUCUGAUUGGUUGAACUCCAUAGACAACAUGUAGAGUAUUUACUUGACUCACAUGAGGGUGCAGUCUCUCCAUGAAGCUGUCUGACUCACAGGAAUAGACACACAGAUCAGGUGAUUUUACAACUGUCUGAGAGCUGAGCACCUGUCUGCUCAAACUUUAUCCUUGACUCCUGUGGCACAUGAAGAUCCAGAAGCUGCAGAUCCAUCUCCUUGAAAUAUACAAGAACUGUCUAUCCCCCAACAUAAAAUAGUGAUCCUAGGCAGACUUUCAAGGCUCUUUGCAGUAACUUUCUUUUAUCUGCGCAGGCUGACGUCAUUUUCUCACAACAACUCCUGUCCUUUAAGGUUUAGAAAAACAAAAACACUGAGAUACUGGAAGUCAAACUGCAUGAGAGAACAGGAUGUUCCUGACUGGGCAUAAGUCCAACAUGUAGCUCCAAUUAAACAGAAGUAUAUGGUAUUUAAAUAUGUACAAACAACUGUUAACCGAGAUACAUGCAUGCACUUCCACAUUUUUGUGUCAGCGUUUUUUGCACAGAGAUGCUUUCUGCAGUUAGGGUGUGUGUGUGUGUAGUGGUGCACCUUCCUGUUUCCUGUGUUUGGUGAUAGACCCACAGUACUUGUGUUCUGACCAUAAGUAAUGAUUAAACUGCACAUGUUUGAUGUUGAUUUCUGUUGUAAAAUACGCACCAUAUUCAAACUAAAUGUUGAAUUUCGGUGCAUGUCUUUAUUUACAUUCAUUCCCAGGUGUCCAGCUUUUUAUAUCCUGGAAAAUUACUUACUGCGUCUCAGAGCAAAAAGAAAAAAAUGGAAACUUUAGUGGACACGGGAAACUUGAAAUAAUGGUCAACUGCUGGAGCGUCUAUUUGCUCAUUCAUGGUUUCUAUCACGAGGGACAUACCCCUCCUCCUGCCUCAAAGUGGGCAUUUUCGGGUCAAUUUAGACAGUGAAGUCUUGUCUGCACUAGGUCACAACGACACACACACACACACACACACACACACACACACACACACACACACACACACACACACACACACACACACACACAGGCCUACUCUUUUUCCUGUGACAGGCCCUCAUGUAGAAGAACAGUCUGGUAAAGUUCUGUAAUUAUAUAGUGUUAUGUAUUUAUAUACCCACCCAAUCCUGUGUGUUUGCUUCCACUGCCCACAGAUCACACACUGAUGCAGGGAGAGGUGCACUUCUGAUGUGGUCUCUGGUCAAGGUGUGGUGCACUGCAAGGGCACAGUGGUCUUUAGCUACUGGUGGACUAUUUUCUUUUGUGUUCCUCUCCUGUUAGUGUAGGCAAAUGCUCAGACUAGAGUGAGAGACAGGGAAUUAUGGGCAGAUGGGAGUAACUUUCCAUUGACUGCUGACCUGUCAACAGGUGCUUGUUAUGAAUAUGGCAUGAGUCUAACUACAGGCAGAAGUGACCUCAUCCUCCAACUUAAAGGGAUAUUCAGGCGUAAAAUUAAUUUAGGGUCAAACACACCGUAACACCGAGUUAUACACCCCCUCGAGUGAUGAAUGUUGCCGACUGCUUGCUUCUCUAGUUAUACAAACUUUAGUAACGACCGCACGACAGCAACACACAGCGGUAUGAGGAGCCAUAAAGAAACCUCAACCAAAACGCCACUCUAUAGCCACAAAUAAUGCUCAGAACAGCAUUUCUUUAUCAUUUCCUUGAAGUAAUAAUCAUCAUAUUAAUCAUUUUGCACUGCAGACACUGUAGUUCUUCUGCCUUAGCGUCUUGGUCUGAUUGCAUUUCCAUGAAGAAAUGAUCAUAAAUUUUCUUCCUUGAGCUGCGUCACCCCGCUGUAGUCCGUAAUGAACUGGCCUGAGGUCUUGCUACAAACAAGCAGCUGCUGGAAGAGAGUAGGUGAGUUGUGUUUAGUCUCUUUGCUAAAGAAAUUAGGCAAAGUUAAAAAGAUAUUCGUGGGUAGUGCUAUGGCUGCGACCCUAUAUGUACUGUUGAUGAAGUUAGGUGAUGUUCUGAGCAUUAUUUGUGGCCAUAGAGCGGUGUUUUGGUUGAGGUUUUUGUGUGGCUCCUCAGACUGCUGUGUAUUGCUAUCGUGCGGUCGUUACUAAAGAUGGUAUAACUAGAGAAACAAGCGGUCAGCAACAUUAAUCUCACGAGGGGGUGUCUAACUCAUUGUUACGGUGUGUUUGACCCUAAAUAUAAUUUUAUACCGGAAUAUCCCAUUAACUGAACCACAACCAGUGUGCACUACAAAAACACAUUGAUAUGUAUAAAAUCUGUCAGUCAAACAAUGCCAGCACUCAGGGUCCUCUUUUGUUUUUUCUGUAAAUGAGUGUAACGAUACAAGAGAAUGAAAUGCAACACGGUUCUUCAGCUGCAUACCUAACCAGGACUGUGCACUUGUCAGAUUUCUGAUUUUUCAAGCCAGAAGGACAGAGCUAAUAUCAUUUCCACAAUUCCAUGAGAUUAGUUCAAUUUGCCUCUCCGUCAUAACAGUAAUCUAAACCGCUGUCUGUGUGUGGGUCCUAAACUGGGGUCUGUAAUCUAGCCAGGGUGUACAGAUGCAGUAAAGCCAGCGUGAAACAUUGUAUGAUGUGUUGCGUCAUGCUUCAAAUGCCAGUAAUGUGUGGUAUGCUGCACACUCGUGGAUCCAUGCAGGCACAUGGUCAGCAUCAAGACACUUAUCCCACAAGGCUUCAACCCUCCUGCUGUCUGUCCUGAUGUCUCCCUGCUAGUCUUCCCUAGACAGAGCACAUCAUUGAUUUGAACCUCAAGCUGUUGAAGGGCUCUUAUUAGGUGGACUCUCUGAAGCCAUGUGCUGUUGAUGUUAUGGUUAUCUCUACAGAUUAACAUUUCAAACAAAACUCUUUCUCCACCAGUUUCCCAAGAGCUUGGAAACACAUAGUUGUGAUUGUUGCUGUAACGCAGGCUGGGUUUAGUGAUAUCUCUGUCUCUCUAUUUCUUUCUUUUUGCAUUACUGGAUAUUGAACUUAUUCAUCAUGUUCAUUUCCAUGAUUGAAUACUGUGAAGUAGUUCAGAGUGUAACCUCCAUAGCCAAAUGGGGGUUGCAAAAUAGACACCUGAUCCUCUAUUAUCCAAGUGCCUUUCAAAUACAUCGUGUCUAAUGGCACACAAUUAUGCAGAGAAUUGUGAAAGCAGUACGAUACUGAUUCAGCGUUCUUUCUUUCUGUCCUCCCUAUUGUUCUGUUUGCAGCUGGCCUGCUGCUGCGGCUCAGCAGCCUGCUCGUGCUGCUGUAACUGCUGCCCCAAGAUCAAACAGUCCACAGGGACCCGAGUCAUGUACGCCCUCUACUUCUUGCUGGUCACCAUCCUCUGUGUCAUCAUGAUGUCCCCGACUGUUGAGACGCAUAUGAAGGAGAAUGUAAGUACAAAAAUUACAUACUCAAAUAUAGCAGCAUGUGUUUGUAGAACUAUGUAAUUUACAAGUAUAUUUAUAUAUGUAAUUGAGGAGCUUUAACUGUAUAUACUUUGAAGAACGGGGAAGGGAAAGUGGAACAGCAACAUAGAGGAAAGGAAAUCUCUCCUCUGAGCUCUGCAAGAUCUGUCCAAACACAGGACAGCAAAUACAUCUUAAAGUUAUACAAAGUUCGCUAACACUUUACCAGACGCCUAUCUCUAUAACGCAUUAUAAUUACAUGUAUGAUGCGUUAUAAUCAUGUUAUAGCACUAUAUAAGUGUAGUUAUAAACACUCAUAAAUGAUCAUAAUGCUUUAUAGCAAUAAUCAUAACAAAUUACAAAGCAUUUUAUCAUGACUUACAAGGUCGGGUAUUAUAACGUGUUAUGAUUAUUGCUAUAAAGCAUAAUGAUCAUUUAUGAGUGUUUAUAACUAUACUCAAACAGUAUGCAUAUAUUGAUAAUGCAUUAUAGAGAUAGGCAAUAAAUAAAGUGUUACCUAAAGUUCAUUACAUAUGUGAAAUGCUUUCUGGAGAGUUGGCAGGUUUUCAGAACAUCAACCUAUUCAAAUGUCAUCCUUUAUUUAUAUGUUUUCAUUCUUUGUGAAGACUGCAGCGUAAGUGAGAGGGGCCUAUUGAUUUUCUACACACAGUGACACAUGGGAGUUCCAGCUCUGUUUUGAGUUUUUGAAUGGGAUCAUCUUGCGCACACAGCUGCUUUCUGGAAAAUGUAGGACAGAAGAAGUACUAACUCAUGUCUCCAUAAACUUGCAGAAAUGACAUAAACCAAGGUCUGGGUGUCAUUAGAUAGUACAGUGCUUUGGUCAAAAGCCGUGCUAACUAAAAACAGGACUGAAAGAGAAAAUCUGAGAGGAAUUAGAUUUGUAGGUCACAUGCUCUCCAGACAUGUUGAAACUGGGUGUUGUCUUGCUGGGUGAGCCAACAUUUAUUUUUUGCGCUUUGCUAUAAACAGAACAGUCUUUCAGAGUCGUACUGGGGUUGGUUUGUCAGUGCCAAAAGGCAAAAUUAAAGAUUGAUAACACUGCAAGGCAGACAACCUACUUCUUUAUCUGGAGACUCCUGUGUGUGUUCACAGCAGGAAGGCCACAGUCUAGAAGGCAGGAGUUCAGGCUGCUAGCUUUUGUUUUAAACCGCCCACCUUACCUCUAAGGCUGUGGGAGGAUACACAGGAGGCCUACUGCUCUCUUUCUUUUGAUCUCUGUGACUUUCAUGGUGUUUAUUCCUCCGUGUUGCCUCUUUGAUGAAUCAUGAUGCAAUGAAUUAUUAUCAGAGCAACUCUUUCUGUGGUUGUUUCUGAUAGAAUCUAACUCAGAGUUUUUCAGUGAGUGCUCUCGUCCUCACCAAGCAGGUGUGUCAGAGUGCAGACAUGAAUUAUUUCCUGACUCAUCACAAUCUCGUUUGUUUCCUUUACUAAUAUUCAUAUCUGAAUAUCUGAACUUGACAAGUAAUACUGUUGUCUUGAGGCAUAUUCACACUGCAUAGUAAGGGUGGGAGAAAAAAUCGAUACAGCAUAAUAUCAUGAUAUUUUGUCUAGUGAUAUAUCGUAUCGUCUCAUUGGCCAAGUAUCGAUUUUUCAAGUUGCUAAUAUUAUUAUAAAGUUAUGAUGUGUUUGAGUUACCUCAGAAGUCAGAUGUCGAAGCUGGGAAUGACGUCACACCCGAGUUACCAGCACCAAGUCGAAAAGAAAGCAAAAUCGGAGGUGGAAACAAGAUGGCUACAUCUACAAAAGUUAUUUUAGCGCUUGCCAUGUCCUUGCCUAUAUUCGGACAAGGCAAGUGUUAAAAUAACUUUCAUAGAUGUAGCCAUCUUGUUUCCGCCUCUGAUUUCGCUUUUUUCCGACUUGGUAACCGAAACGCUGUUAACUCGGGUGUGACGUCAUUCCCAGCUCAGACUUCUGGCUUCAAAGAUAACUCGAACGCAGCAUUAGUGCAACAAAUAUAUAUAUAAGGUUUUCAAGAUGUGCGACAUGAAAAUAAAAUACAACGUAAAUAAGACAAACAUAAAGGAAAGCCAAAAGCUAAAUUAGCUAAAUAGUUGAAAAAAUUGUAUGGAUCGCAACAUAUUUUAUCGCAAUACUCAGUGUAUUGCAAAAUGUUAAAAAACACAAAAAUAUCGUAUUGUGGCCCAAGUAUCGCGAUAAUAUCGUAUCAUGGGGCCACUAGUGAUUCCCACCCUUACUGCAUAGUACUGUAGAAAACAACUAAGGAGUCAGUCUGAAGACAGAGAUACUGCAUUUUUCCUCCAGUCUUCCUUUGCUGUUUGUUAUUCUUGAGCUUUUUUGGCAUCCGCUCCAAACAGCUCCCGACUGUCUUUCUACUUAUGAGAGGGGAACCCCAUAAAAGCCCCCGAAUGGUCUCUGAUAGCCUGUGCAGAUCCUGCUGAGUUACACACAAAUAUAUGAACAUGUAUACAACGCUGUCAGCUCCACACUGAGCAUAGCGGGACGUCCCAGCUAAAAGAGCAGCCAUUGUGUGAAUGAGAGAGUGCUGUUCUUUUCUCAAGAGAUUUACAGCUGUCUGAAUCAGCCCCUCUCCCUCUUAAUCACGACACCAUGGACAUGCUAAUAUGGUCCUCGACAUGAGACAAAAGCGCCAAAAUGGGCUUUUUACUUGAUGUUGUAAUGUGGCUCUGGACUGUGCUUCACACUAAAGGGAUGACAACUCAAUCCUCUAGCGUCUCACCUGUGCGUUCAAAAACUUCAAUACUCAGGUGCCACAACAAGGCCAAAAACAUCUCAAGCCAUCGGUUCUCUUAAAGUAAAGACCUUCAGUUUUUAUUUUAGUUUCCCAAAAAGCCGCUGAAGUACUUCCACUUAUUUUUAGAAGCAACAUUGACGUGCUGAUCCACUUCAAUGACUCUGAUUUUGCUUUUCUCUUUGAUUUUGCAGCUCAUUUUCCCGUCGGUCAAAAUAAAGUUCAUGGGAUUGUAUUUUCACUCGGGUUUCUCUGUCUUUCUCCUGCUCUUCCUGCUUCCCACUCCUCCCAAUCCUUCUGACUUGCUGACAAGAGGCGGUUAAUUUAUUCAUCUGUGUCUUUUGUUUGUGUACACUGACAGUUGGUUGUAAGGCCCCUCUAACAGCCUGUAGAGAAGGAGGAAUGAAAGAGGGUUUCAUGGAGAGAAAGAGGGGUUGUUGUUGCUGCCUGUUCUCUCUUUCUGCCGCUUUAGAGGCGUGACGCUCAGAAUAGCAGCUAUUGGGCCUAUUCUCAGAAGCUGCACUCUGGACAAGCUGAAGAGGGUUGUUGAUUUAUUUCUCAAGAUCAUAAUGAUCUAAUCAAAGUGUUUGAUUUUUGUUUUCCAAUUAGAUCCCCUACUACAAUGAUCUGUGUGAAAAGUUGAACGCAGGAGAGAACUGCAAAACACUGGUGGGCUACUCGGCUGUCUACAAGGUGUGCUUUGGCAUGUCCUGCUUCUUCUUAUUCUUCUGUUUGUUCACCAUCCGAGUCAAUAACAGUGAAGGCUGCAGGGCAGCUGUGCACAAUGGGUAAGAAGGCUUUGUUGUCUCCCUCUCCACCUUUUACCAUGCCAGUCAAUAAACAAUUACCUCUCGGGGAAAACAAAUGUGUGUAGUUUCAGUUAAAAGAUUUUAAGAAAGGGCCACACAGAUGUUUUUAUACUUGACUGAACAUUAUAGGCAGGGUUUUAGUUGCACUUGCAGUGGUCAGCUCAGUUCAGGGUUAACACAAACCUCAAGCAAUGACUGAAUCUUGACUGUUGUCAGUCUGUCAUGUUUCAUUAUUUUAUUGAUUUAAGUUUUUUCCUACUACAGUAGUUAAAAUAAAUUUUGAGUUGUGAUUCUGUUUUUUCUGUGCAAACUAAAUCUCUGCUCUGACUGCAGGUUCUGGUUGCUGAAGUUCAUCGUACUGGCAGCAUGCUGCGCUGGAGGUUUCUUCAUCCCAGGAGAGGAAACUUUUCUUGAAGGUGAAGAUAAUAACACUCAGCCUUAGAAAAACAAAUGGUAACACUUUACUUGACGCCUAUCCCCUAUAAUCACAUUAUAGCACUGUUAAAAUAUAGUUAUAAACACUCAUAAAUGAUCAUAAUGCUUUAUAGCAAUAAUCAUAACACGUUAUAAAGAAUUUUAUCAUGACUUACAAGGUCAGGUAUUAUAAUGUGUUAUAACUGUUAACAACUCACGGACAAUGCCCACAUAGAUAAUACAUUAUACAUAUAUUUGUGAUGUGUUAUAAUUUGCUUAUAAACUUGUAUAACUAUCAUUAUAAACACUCAUGAAUUAUCAUAAGGCUUUAUAACAAUAAUCAUAACACAUUAUAAAGCAUUUUAUCAUGACUUACAAGGUCAGGUAUUCUAAUGUGUUAUGAUUAUUGCUAUAAAGCAUUAUGAUCAUUUAUGAUUGUUUAUAGCUAUAGUUAUACAGUGCUAUAACAUGAUUAUAACGGGUAAUAAAUAUGUAUUGGUAAUGCGUUGUAUAGAUAGGCAUCAAGUAAAGUGUUACCCAAAUAAUAAAUAAUAAAGGAUUGCUUGAUAACAUCAACCAUUAAUAUAUUCGAGUAUUAUUUCUUGUGUUACUUAAAAUAAGCAUACACCCAACGUUAGAUCUUCUCCUUGCUAAAAACAAAUGGUUUCUCCUUAUGCCACAGUUUGGCGGUAUGUAGGAGCAGCCUGUGGGUCCAUCUUCCUGCUGAUCCAGCUCAUGCUGCUGGUGGAGUUUGCACACAGAUGGAACACGAACUGGUGAGAAUGAAAAAUUCACUUUUGUCUCAGUAAAUUCGAGUUUGUCUCACUUGUGUGCGCACAGUUAUCAUGUAAAUAGGAGCAUGGGAGAGGGUGGGACAUGUUAUUCUAUGGGUUGAUUUGUAUUAAAAGUUGGGAAACAGAAUAUUGUAGCCAUGGGGGUUUUGGGGUGGAAAGGUGGUAGUAAUGCUGCGUUCCAGUUGUACUCAGAAGUCGGAAUUUCGAGCUCCAAGUCGGAAAUUAAUCUGAAACGUCCCCCUUAAGUUGGAUUUCCAACUCGUAAAGUUAGGCAAUCCUCACCAACCCCGACCUGACAAUAACGUCAUAACCCAAGAUGGAAGCGCAGCGCAUCAACAGUAAAGAGUAACAGUGAAAGCUCCCACAAUGUAUUAUGUAUCAGCACUUCUGUUUUGUUUUUGUGAAAUAAAAUAAAUGGUAUAUGUUGUACUGCCAAACAUCUAACUGUGAACACCGUGCUAUGGUGUUUGUAAAAGUAAAAAAAUGUGUUACGCGAUGUUUACAACUGGUAUAACUAAAAACAACUAACAACAGCUGACAACCGCUGACAACAACUGACAAUGGCCAAUGACAGCUGACAAUUGUAAACAACAGCUAGCAAUGGCUAACAGUAGGCGUCCAUCUUGGUUUUCCGACUUGUUUACUGGAACGCCGUCAUCUUAGGUGUAGCGUCAUUUCCAGCUCCGACACCCGACCUUCAAGAUAAUUGGAACGCAGCAUGUUUGACUUAAAGGAAGAAAAGACAAGUUUAUUUCAUUGUUAUUUGUAUCUGUUAACAUUUGACUUUGAACUUGGGAGGUUUUGUAGUAGAUGGAUGACAAAAGAUGCAAUCCAGCCCAUGAACCCUCAGUGAAUAAACAAACACUUGGCCUUCUUUCUGUCAGAGUUGAGUGGCCUUGCGCUUGGAGUUCCCCCUCUCCACACUAACACACACAUACCACAGCAGACUGUAUGACUUUCUUUUUCUUUUAUUCCUGUGUACAAAAUAGGGAAAUUUCCAGAUAAAGUAAAACUGAAGUUAAAACAAUUAGAAAACCAUGAACCUAUCCUCUUGUUUCCUCAGGCAUUGAAAUAACUAAAGAAACCUUUCUCUUCCUUUGAAAUUUUUUUAGGACAGUCUUGCCCGAGUCCGUUUUCUUUGUGUUUUCCCCCCAUUCACUUGAUCUUUUUACUUAUUUAAUUUCCUUUACCCUUGUUCAUGUUGUUUUGUUUUUCUUUUUCUACUGUCUGUUUUCUCCCUCUCCUCUCUUCCUGUCUGCAGGAGUUCUGGGGUGAAGUACAAUCGGCUGUGGUACGCAGCUUUGGCAUUUGUGACUCUGAUGCUCUUCACCGCCGCUGUCGGAGCCGUUGUCUUCAUGGGUGUUUAUUACACCCACCCCGAGGCAUGUUUACUAAACAAGAUCUUCCUGGGUAUCAACGGCAGCCUGUGUCUCAUCGUCUCGCUUUUGGCCAUUUCUCCAUGCAUACAGAAAUGUAAGGACUCGUGCUCAUAGUCACAUUAUCUCAUAUGAACUUCUAAUGCAAGUGGAAGGAUGUAGACUUAAAAAAUAACUGCUGUAAUGCAGAAUUGGGAUUUAAGUAAUCACAAAUUUAACUAUUAGAUUACUUUAACUACAUAUGCAUCUUUUUAGUUAUCUCGUUUAGUGACGUUUUGAAAGUAACCCCUGCUUUUAUUGUCUUUGCAGUGCAGCCCACAUCAGGCCUGCUUCAGCCUGGAGUCAUCAGUUGUUACGUCAUGUACCUCACCUUCUCAGCCUUCACCAGCAAACCAAAAGAGGGUGAGUAUGAAAGAAACCAACGCUCAGCUUUAUGCUUUUAUCAACAGGUGUUAUUCAUAUCAUGAGUCAGAGGUUUGGCUUACUAAUGCUGCAGCAAAACCUACUUAGACAGACUAUCUUUGAAGAAGUACACAAAACCGCAGAAACACAGUCUUAGUCGUAGGAAAGGGAGAUGAAAUGAUAGAGAUAAAAAUUGUGUUUUUAAAAUCUUUGGGUUCCAAUUUCCACUGUAGUUUUAAAGAAUACAUACCAUGAAUAUGAUAUCAGAGAUGCCAUAUUGUAAAUAUGACUUUAUGUUUUUGAAAUCAGCACGCCUCCUUUGAUACACUGAAGUAUUCUACAUUGAGUUUUUGCUCUUACUCUUUGUUGUACUAUCUCCUCUUUCCCUCCUCCUUCUCUCACUGCUGCUUAUUGCAUGCCAAAACACACACAUUCUCACUGCACCUUUCACUAUGUCACUCACUGCUUUUAAUACCCCCCUUCUUCUGUGUCUAUCACCUCAUCCAUCUCUGUCUGCACAUUAUUUCUGUCCAGCGGUGGAGAUAAAUGGUGUGAACACAACCGUGUGUGUUUUUCCCUUCAACUCUGGACUGGAGGGGGACAAGAAGAUUGUCACUUUCUUGGGAACUGUUAUCCUGUUCGGCUGUAUCCUUUACUCUUGGUAAGACACACACACUCACACACACCUCACUUCAGUUUUUUUUCUAUUUCAAUGUCCAGAAACGGAUCAAAUUAUCUUGCAGUUUAUCUUUUUUUGUGUUUGAUCAUUGACUUAACAGAGAUAAGAGACGGAUUAAAGGCAACAGUACAAUCCCAGUGACCACCAAUUUGUUAUAAACGAUAUGAAAUGAAAAAGAAAAACAUUCCCCAUACAACAGGCUGCAGAGACAAGGACAGGGCUUUUUGAUUGGCUGUGACUCAGGAGAAACAGUUUGUGAUUGGCUAUGGUGAAGCUAGGGGUGAGAGAGUGGAGAAAUGUGAGGGUUUUUUUUUUUUUGCGUUUCUUCACAUGUGUUUUCCAUCAAGCAUAGGCAUCAUGUCUCUUGUGGUCGUUCCUUGAAGGAAGGGAAUUGGACUGCGCAGUUGUUUGAAACUGCAAAUUAUUGGAAAAAUACACAGAGAGUGAAUUACAACCUUUCUCCCUCUCCUUCCAUCUGUCUUUCUAUCUCUUUUUUUCCGCUCUCCUUCCAGCCUGACAUCCACCACCAGGAGAAGCUCUGCAGCACUUCGAGUUUGCAGGAAUAGUGAGCCAGAGACCGAGGUAAACACAGAGACAUUCAGGUCAUGGGUGUGUAGUUAAGAAAAUAUACAGACUAAGAGGAAAUGAACACCUCACUGAAAAAGCUCUCCUCAUCAGACAUCCUUAAGAUAAAUGAAAGAAAACAGAUUAAACCCGAGGGACAUCAUGUGUGUAUUUUUCGGGGGUUUUUCACCUGCUUGUUUUUCGCUUUCUUGCAGAGAGCUCGAUGCUGUUUCUGUUUUGGAGAUGAUACAGGUGAGGAAAGUUUCCCCACCCCCACACUCCCAUCACAUCUUAACCCCCCACCCCCACCCCGAGCCUGCUCAGUGUGUACGCAUAUGUCCCCAGUCGCACACAAAAGGGCCGCGCUCAUUGCUAUUCCUCAGCCCGACUGAGGAUGGUGAGAAAGUAUUGGUCAGCAAACACAGAUGAUGUCACUGUUACUAGGAGGUUAGUAUGACACAUUGAAGCAGGACCAGCAGCGGUUUGGGAGUAUGGGAAGGCUGACACUGCCCCCUGCUGGACAUGUAAUAUUCUAUUUUCCAAUAUAUACCCACCAGAAAGGGCUGUACACCCCUUUAAGUAACAUUUCCUUUAAAUUAGUCGUCAUUUUAGGACUUUUCAGCAUAACCAUUGUCUAAUACUGAAAGUUUCACUCAUCCACAUCCUUCUUGCAACAUUUCUUCUCUGCUUUAGAUGACUAUGAUGAGGAGAAGACUGGUUCUGGACAGAAUGUUUUGUACGAUGAGAAAGAGGCAACCAUUUACAGCUACGCCUACUUCCACUUUGUCUUCUUCCUGGGAUCGCUCUAUGUCAUGAUGACCGUCACCAACUGGUUCAAGUGAGUGAUACUUAGCUUGAUGCACAUUCUGAUUUUGCUGUAGUCCGAUUUUACUCAGUAAUUUGUAUCUGAUCAGACUAAGGAAAAUAAAAUAAGUUUACAAAAAAAUGAUAUGCCGUUGCUACAUUUAUAAGGUUGCAGUCAAACUUCAAACUGGCCAAACAGCUCUAUAAAAAUAAGCCCUCCAAGACUCACCUCCUUUCAACGUGUCAAUAAUUCUUAUUUCAGAGCUGAACUGUCAGUAGCACAUGACAGCACUUUACCUCUGCAAAAGAGACAAGAGAAAAGAGACAAUGUACCUGAUGAUUUACUUUGGCAAGAAAUUUAUUGUAAUGAAUGAAACUCAUCUUAUUUCCACAAAUAAGCCUCUUUUAAAGCACACCUAAUGACAAGUACAUUUCAUAUUUAUUUGAUCUGUUUAAUAUUGAUAAUUAGGGAGGCACAAUACUGGACUUUGCAAACAUCUGACUUUCAAGCUUAUUUUGCCAAUAUCUUUAUCAUUACCAAACCACACGUCAGCCCACAUCUUUAACCACGCUGAAAGGCUGGUUGUCAGAAGCAAUGAGUUCAGUGUUUCUCUCAGUAAGCUUCUUUAUCUUUGGGUAGUCUCUGCUUUAAUUUUUAAUUCUCUUGAUUUACUAAAGAAGAGGCUUCUUUUAGGUUUUUGCUAGCACUUUAAGUUCUUUUCAGAAACUUUUGGUACUUUAGGACAGCAGGUAUUCAGAUGUACAGUUAAAAUAAAUAAGUAUCUGUAAUGUCAUAAGCUGCACCUGCUACAUGAUAAGAUAAAGUCUGCGGUCUCAUUUCUCUGGAGUUAUAAACACCCACCAGUGUUCAAAUAAAGUAUUCUGAUUCUGGUUUUGAUUCUGAUCAUCAGCCAGUGAAAGAGUGAAAGAGGAGUUUGUUUCACUUGAUUGUGCACACUCUCCGUUGAUGCGUGGUAUAACUGGAGAGUGUGAACUUAAUUUGCAAUAGUGUGGUCAAGUUGACUUUCUGCUGUCCUCAGCGUUCACUGCUAAUCUUACCGAGCUGUUUGUUAUGGUUUUCACGUCUGUCCUUCUCUGCGCCUUUUCUCAGUCCUCUCUUUGCUUCUCUUGCAGUUACGACAAUCAUGAUAUUGAGAAGCUGUUGGAUGGGAGCUGGUCGGUGUACUGGCUCAAGAUGGCCUCCUGCUGGGUCUGUCUUAUCCUCUACAUGUGGACCCUCAUUGCCCCCAUGGUCUGCCCGAAGCGCUUUGAAGCCUAGGACAGGCAUCGCUUCAGUGGAGUCAGACUGCUCUAAUUCUUGGGUUGAAGCUCGCACGCUGAGCCAAGGGACCACCACAAUCCCCUUUACGGUGAAACACAACCUGACACUACCCUCAGUGUUUCAAAUGGAGGAUAAUCUGUUGCCUUUUGUUUUAUAAGCCUGGGUUUUUGUUCAAUUUUUACUUUGUUUUUUAAUGUUAAGCUUUUAAUAUCUGAAUGAUAACUGUGUCAUCUUUUACUACCACUUACUCCUGAAGUUUUGUAUUUCUUAAAAGUUUGAAAUAUACAAAGCGUUAUGGAGUUGAGCUACGUUUUUUGAAUAUGCGAAGUGUCCUGCACUCAUAGAUUCCUCUGUCAUCUUUAAAUGCUUUCUCUGUGUUUAUCAGCUUUUCCUUUUUUUUACAUUCACUCUCAUCCAGGCAUUUCAGUUCAGUUUUGUACAGUUGGAACAUAAAGUUUUGGGACAAAUUUAUUACAGGCAAAUGUCACAAGAGAAAUUGUAUUUAUUAAGGUGUGUCUAAAGCUAUCCGAAAUCAUUUGUGAAGAAAUGCAGCGCUGAAUUAGAUUUGUCCUUGGCUUUGUUGAAAACCUCAUCUCUCAGGCUCAGAUGUAAGCUGAUUUUGUUUACUCUUUGUUGUUGCGCCCUUUUGUAGAAGUUUUCUAUGCAACAGAACAAGCUCUUUUCAAUAUUAUAUACAUUUAGUGUUGUGCAGCUUCCUGUUACACUUCAGAGAUUUGAUGUCUCAGAUUUUAAUAUCGUCAGUGCUCCCUUUGAGCAAGACGUUUUUCUUAGGAAAAUCCAUGUCCAACAUUUCCAUUCAUACUCGUUGUGAAACAGGGCAGUGCUCUUUAAGUCAACCUGCCUUACGUAAGAGUGACGUUAGUCUUUAUGUUCGUGAAGUGUCCCUUUUUUGAAUGACCACGAGUUGGUUUGUUUGCCAAAGGUAGAUGUAAGAAAAUAACAUGACUCAUCGUUUGGUUGGUUAUGGUGAAAAAUAAGAACAUCUUGUAUUUGCAUGCUCACGCAGACUCUUAAAAUCAGCUGUUUUUUGUACAGUUUUAAAGGCUUGUUACCUUGAUUUUGUUACAUGUGUCAGCUCAUAACAGAGGUCAGACUUAAGUAGCAUGAGUACUUUUAUUCGAGUUAUUCAACACUGGAUGUUGAGUUUACUGCCAAAUUUGAAAUCCACAAAGACCUUCACCUGUUUGUUUACUGUGUAACAGUUUAUUGUCGUGUAAAGACACAAAUCAUUGCACAUCAUUGCAAGUUGUUUCUUAUUCGUCUUUAAUAAAUCAGAUCAUUCCCGUCUGAUCUUACAGUAGCAUUAAUAUGUUUCGUAAUACCUUUAUGUACUUUCUGGCUACAGUUCUGUGAUCGGUCUCAUUGACUUCUGCUUAAUAAACCUGAAGAUUUUGUUAUUCAACUGUAAGUUCCUGUGAGGAGUUCAUAGUUUGUUUUUAAAAAGGCUUAAAUCUAUCUAUCUAUUAUUAAAUCUACAGCCAGUAAGGUGCCAGACAAACUAAUUACACACUGCAGAAACAGCCUUUUUUUUGUUUACAAUGUCCACAACAAUAGUACUUGACUAAAGGUACAUUUUGACUGCUCCAAAGCAGGAAAUCUUUAUUUGUCCAACAACACCUACUUAAGCCUGGGCACAAGAUCCGACACCUGAUAAAAAAUACUGUUUUGUCCCCCAGGGUUGUCAAAACCAACAUAAACUGAAAGUUCCUCACAAGAGCUUAAAGUUGUUAACUAUUCUGUAUUUCAACUAUUAGUGCGAAUCUUGAAGUUAAAUGGUGCUCUGCAGCUUUGAUACCAAGCAACAAAGUCAAUAUGAAAUCAGACAGCGGGGCUCUCAGUGAAGGCUGUUUGAUGCUUAAACAAACUGGAACUCAUUUUGACCAAGAAGUGUGUUCCAAAUACAGAAACCUGGUUCAUACUCUGUCAAUAAAACACCCAUUGAACCCCACAUUUGGUG